AUGAAUCAUCCUAUACGAGAAGAAAAUAAUGAUAACAAUACAUCAUUGAAAAAAACUUUAUUUCUUGGUUUUACACCUCUUGUAAUUGCUGCAUUACUUUAUAUUAGUUUAAGUUUAUGUAUUCAACUAUCAAGAUGUUAUUCAAAUUGGCGUUUGAAACAACAAUUAACUAUUGUAAGAUGUUCAGAAGAAUGUCUUAUUGUUUCAAAUCCAUCAAUAGAUGAUAUUAACCAACAGGCCACUCCUCAAGUUGUUUAA